AUGAGACGCACGAUAGAAGCACUUGGACGAUUUGGUUUUGUUGUUCUUUUUGCUGCACGGUUUCUAGGCUUCUUUCCGCUUCGUGAUGCAGGUGCUUUGAAGGGUCCAAAUGGUUUUGAAGAGCUUCGAAAGUCCAUCAAAGAAGGCCAAGAUUUCACCAAAGAUAUUGCAGCCAUAUUACAUGAAAGAUCCGAAUUAGAAUUGAGCUAUGCGAGAAGCUUAUCGAAGUUAGCCACAAAAAUUAAUAAAGCAACUAAGCUCAUCUUAGGGACAACCCAAAAUGCUUGGCAAGAAGUGGCUCUUCAGAUGGAAAAUGAAGCUGACACACACAGGUAUGUUUGA